AUGGACGAAUCUCACCAGACUCCAGUGCAGGCAUUGUCCUGCACAAACGAUCAACUCGACUACCUUUUUCAUCACCUCAUCCUACCAUCCAAGUUGCCAGGACACGAUGAUACUUUGGCAUCAAACGAAGAAUUCCUCAUCAACUUCGUAAUACGGUACCUGGAACGCUUCAAGGAAUUAUCUGGCGAAGAUGACAACGCUGUAACAAACCACUGUAUCUCUCUGCUGAAGAACACCCGGGAUGCUCGAGAUUCGAACCUUUAUCUGGAUUCUAGAAGUGUCCAGAACUCCUUCAAGAGACUUUCAGAAGAGGCGGACGCCGCCUCAAUGUAUCAUAUCACCGAGCAAAAUGCAGGCUUGAUUAUUCGACGAUUAGAGAGCUCAUACUCGUUCGAGACAUUUGAACUCUCGCCUACCAACAGGGCAGCUAUGGUAACGAGAGGUCGUCUUAUUCGCGAGUUCCCUGCCACCGCGACAGAAGUCUCCGCCAAAGACUUCAACGAUUCCUGCUUCCAAGAGGUCUUGGCUAAAACUCUUGUCAAAAUGAGUCAUCAGGCCGUAGCAGAAAUGCAGCCCAAAGUGAAGAAAGCGCAGCAGAUGCACACUGAGGAGCGCGACACAACAGAUCCUCGUAUCGUCACCGAGCUGCUGACAAGCUUUCUGCGAGGUGCUGGGACACCUACUGAGAUCAAAGCGGUUCAGAAGAGGACCCGUGAAGAAGUUUCGUGGAAUAACAGUAGAGAUCCAUGGACGAGAUCUCCGCUGUGGAUUCUUCUCCGCGUGGGACUUCAGCUCACCAUGGUGCGCCAUCCACAAGGAUCACAGGAGCUUUACAAGCGCUUUAUGGUGUUCUUGAUAGCUCAAGCUCUUCAGCUUGCCAGUGAAAAGUCGUCGUCUAGUGAGGUCAUUCAUUUGAUGAUGGCCAAGAUCUCAAGACGGCUUUGCAAGCUUGGGGAUAUUGAGGAUGGGCCAUGGCUUCAUGCUAUCAAGAAUAUCGUCUCAUUGGCUUCUAAAAUGUUGAAGGAGAGAUGGAUCCAGAUUCAGCAACGAAACGAACAGCAACUUGAUCUCGGUGUCCUAGCUGAGUUCAAGUUCGAAGAGCAUACCGACUUCUCGUUGCCUGAACUCGAUACCUUCCUCGCGACUAUCCCCAGGCGGCAACAACUAUCAACAACUAAAGAGUUCAAGGCGAAGCCAAUGGCUUUGGCACUAGACCCUCUUACUCUCCCUGGAAUCAAUGGUUCUGUUAACAAUGACAACAUAUCUAUCGAGCUCGCAGCUGUCGAGGCCUGGGUAGAGAACAACCUCAGCACAUGGCUUCAACAUCACUUAAACAACGAUCAAUCAUGCCACAGUCUGAACACACUGCUUGAGCACUACCAUAUUUCUGCGGAAAGAUGGUACACCGGACGCCCCGAGAGAAUGUCGAAGAUGCUCCUUACUCUCGGUGAGAUCUGGGUAGCUAUUGAUAAGAUGGCCGUCCACCACAACCCUUUGAUGUUGAAGUAUCGAAAUGAGAUCCCUCGCGAGGUCUUCAGCGAUCUCUUGGUCCAUUCGAAGAAAGACAUGGAGAGACUCCAUCGGCUGGAAGAGUACCUCGAUGAUUCUUCCGGAAAACUAAAGCUAUCAGCACUUCUCUCAUACGGUCAGAGACUUUCUUUCGCCGUUGAGUACUUUCGACAAUCCCCAAAGCUCCAAGAGAAGAAAGAACAGAUCGAGCGCAGUGCACAGAUCGACCGCGAUAAGAAGCUACAGCAGUUCCGGAAACUCAAAGCAAAGUACGACGAUAUCAUGAAGAAGUGCGACGACAUGCAAUGUGAGAAGGUCCUCCAAGUUGAACACGACGUGGAGUAUUACGUUCAUACCAAGAACAAAUGCGCGCGCUGUGCUCUCCCUGCCAAGGCAAAGAAGCUCAAAUUCAGCCCUCAUGAGUGGCCUUUCCCAGCAGAUGAGCUCGAGGCUCAAACGUCUGUCUUUGAAAUGGAUGUACCCGUCAGUUUUGCUGUAUGGCGAGAUGCUACGGUUUACUUCCUGGAUAACAUCCUGAAAUUUGAAUCUUCAAGCGCGGGUGACUACCCACGUGCAUCCUUUCCCUUGGCGACGUAUAAACCCCUCAGUUCUUGGUGUGAAUCCCUGCGGCAUAGAGUGCAACUACUCUCUGAAAUUAAACCACACUCUCAAACACACCGCAAUCAGAAAUCUAUCGAAACCUCUACUGAGGCUGAUGUCUGUCUUAACAACGGCCUUCGUUUUCAAUAUCACGAUAGUUCUAGGAAUACCUUCCUGUCUACCUUCAAGCCAACGACAGAGAUCUCAAAGCGCUGUACCAUCAAACUCCCUGCGAGAGCUCAUGCCUUGCAAAGAUUCUUCGCUCGAACAUGGCUUUGUGAGAACGGAGAAACACCCAAUCAGGCCAUCGCGAGCCAAUCUGAGUGUCCAGAGUACAUGUCGCUCGGCGAGUUCAAGGCUUUGGCUGUUUUACCAUACGGAUAUCGCCUUCAGUGGAUAAACAUCCUUACACAGCUUGCUAUGCCGACGGUAGACUUCAAUAAGCCAGAGACUGCAUUGUUUCUACUCCAGAUGAUGUUGCAAGCUGGGCCGUUUUAUGAGCAUGAGCCGACAAGAUAUGCGCAUACUCGACCGACAGAGAUGAAAUUCGGUUCUCAGAUUCUGAAGUACUUGAGUGAGAGCGUGUCAAGGGUUCAGGAGAAUUGGGAGUCGUACACCUCGCUGUGCUCGUUCACCUGCUUGGCCACCAGGCUACUUGCUCUAGCUGACAAGUCCCUGUCAGCACAAAUUCUAGAACUCAUCGCAAAGUGCCGAGGGAUCUCUUACAAAUGGGUGAUGCACCUAUUGUGCAAGGUCCAGGAUAUUGAGCAUCGCACCCAACGGGAGGAAUUUCUCGAGGCAGCAGUGCAGAUUGCCCUUGUCUGCAUCGAGACGUUCAAUUUGGAGGGCGACCACUUUGAACAGGUAUUGACUGAUGAACAGCAAGCGGCGAUACUGUUGGAAAUCUCGAUUAUCAUCCAUAAUAACGCCGACUUUCAACAACUGCAGGAGGAUGCGCUAUAUGGCAUUAUGCUCGACCGAUAUAAAGUCACGAUGCAUAGAGCCCUUCCUAUCCUAGUCAACGUGAUAGUCUCUCGGGGGAACUUAUGUCUCGAUACAGCCAUUAGACGACGAUGGCCUGACUUCGCGCGACAGGGUGAAUGGUCCUUGAUCUCUGAUCACUGGGUUACGGAAAUCACUGGAAACCUCCAAGUUCAUGUCAGCCUUCUCACAGGACAGUUAUUGGUCAAUGGAUCGCCUGUUUCACGACUUCCGCAACGUUAUGAGACUCACCGAGAGUAUCAGAAACUAUUCGGAUCAGCUACAAUGGAAGUCAUGCCGAGCGACAUGCCUGGUAUGAGCUUCUGCGCUACGAAGAUGUUCCACGGGUACACGGUUCAUCUUGGUGUGCAAACAAAAAAGGGCGUUGAUGACCUUCUUGUAAGUCUUACCAAGAACGGCUCGACGUUGGAAUUGGUACCAUCAAGGAACCUCCAAGGUCUACUUCCUGAUGACUUCACCGAUAAUCACGUGCAUUGGCGUGAGGAAGUGUCGGGAGAGAUUAGGUUCUGCCACGUCGAUGAUCCUUGGCCAAGCAUGAAGAAGGAGAGUUGGCACUUACGAAAGGAAAGUGACACAUGGCAGUUAUCACUUGGUAAAGAAAGUGUGCUUGUAUGUCCAUGGAGUGAGCUUGGACGGAGAAUCUCCCGUAUCUUCUCACCACUUCAGCCGGCCUCGGCCUUACAUCUGGUUCUACACCAACAAAGCAAGGAGCUUGAGGUUCAGCUACCAAAGCUCCACCUUCAGUUCACGAUCAGGUCGGGGACAUCCAACAUCAAGUCUCGACAAUUCCGAGAUAUGGAGGUUGAUCAAAACCAAGCCAUUGGAACCCUCAUCGGACUUGAGAACAAACUUGUUCUGCGAAGUUUCCAUGACUCUCAAAUCAGGUCCGUCAUCAUACCUGAGGGAGAUGUUAGCUGCCGAAUGUCUACUGAUUCCGGGGUCGAGAACCACGCCGAAGUUUCUCUUGAUCGUGAGACAGCUAGUCGAGUUCAAACUUACAGGCUAGAUCCCCUACUUCGCAGGAUCGUACCCAAUGAUAAGGUAGAAAGCAAGCUGUAUCUUGCAUACCUCCACGCUCUGACAUCCUACUGCCUCCCGGAUCCCUUCCUCCAGCGCACUGGAACCGAGGAGGCUCUCACUAUCCUUGGUUCCGCCUCAGUCAGAGCUCCUACGGCAUUCUCAGAAUCGACGUAUACAAUUUUGUCGAACAUUGCCCAAUUAUCACCAAAGCGAUCAUACUAUCCCGCUGAUCGACGAGAGAUGCAGAGGGUCCGGUGGCGGAAUGACCUGAGCUACACCAUCCAAGAUGACAGAUAUGGGAAAGAAGUUCGAAAUAUCUUGAGCAAAUAUCGCGAAGUUCAGUUCCUGUUUCUCAAAAACCCUGUCCCAAGCAUGGACCAACACCGCUCGAUAGAUGAGUUGGUAGAUCGCGCCAUUCUUCGGGCAUCUGGAACUCGAGUGUCUGGCUUUGGUGCAGAAGACUUUACUACAAAACAUGAUAUCAGAUACGUGUCAAGGGAGAAGAGCAAAUCACUCGAAAGGUCUACACGCACCGUGGAGAUGGCGUACCGAGUCUACAACAAGUCUUGCACCCUUUCAAGACCAGUAUCUGGUAGGCUUGGCCACCUUCUCUUCAGUCUCAUGAGUGGCGACGAACGUGUCCACACCAAGGAGAUUUUGCCUAAAAGCAGAAUCGACUACGACUCAUCUUGGCUACAAGGCCCAGAAUCAUAUCUAUCGUCUGUAUGGUUCCAGCUUCACAAUUCAUACAAGAAGUCAGUCACCUGGUUCGACAAGUACGAGCUGAUGAUGUGGAUGGCCACAAUGUCAUAUUCCUCAGAGUACGAUCCUCAGGUUGGCCAGGCGCUGCUAUUGCUCACCCAGUUCCGAUCAAUGGCUGACUGCAAACUGCUCGGGGCAUCUUCAUACAACCUAACAGCCGGCUGCCAAAUUCGAGAAGAGGACUUGCGAGCCGCGAUAGCACCAUAUAUAGUCAGUUACGCCAGCAGCCCUGAUGCCAUAUCUGCCCGUCGUUUCGAUGAGAGAAGCAGCGACGUUGGAAAUCGGCGUAGAGACGACUACAGAAAGAGAAGCGCUAAAGCCAUAGAUACGUUUGUGAAACACCUGCAACGGCAAUGGCCUUCUGAGGAUCCGAAAACGCCGUCAGAUCCAUACAUGGAGUUGACGUCGUAUAUUAGGAUGGGACCUGCCAUGGAAAGUGCCCUUGGAAAGUGGAACCAGUGGCUGAAGAACCUUCGCCUGAGGAAGCAUCUGGAUAUAAUAGCUGGCUACAUGAGAGAAGACGUACCGGGCGAGUUCAUACAGGUGUCGCCAGUACUACCAAGGACGCUGAUACGCACCAGCAGACCAGUGUCAAGAUUUGUGGCUACGUCAAAUCUCUUCUCGUCCUUAGGCAUCUUGCAUCAUAAGACUCCUCCAGCCUUAGAUCGACUUCUGGUGAACUCAGAGAGGGACAGACAGAGCAACAAGCUCAGUGGUAUCAUUGACAACCUUGAUACCAAAGCGAAGCUUGAAUAUGAGCACAGGUAUUUGAGAGAGCUGAAGGAUAGUCUUUCGAGUUUGCAUGGCCAUGUCGAAUCUGAGCUGAAGGAGCAACAGCUUCGAAAGCUCCCAAGCCUACUUCAAGACCACUUGGAGAGAUGCGAGUCUCACCUAACAAAGCUGCAUGAUACUCUGCUCUCUUCCCUCUCGUCUUCAAGUAAAGUCUCACACGCGAUGUAUACUGUCCUUGAAGAAGCUGGAUUCCUUCCUAGGAUGUCACCCACUCAAAUCCUGCAGCAACUCAUACCAGCCCAAUGGAAGACAAUUUCUGCUGGAUGGAGAGAUAGCCUGAUACACUACGGAACUGCGAUCACUUCAUUACAACGAGCCAAACGUCUAAUUCGAUUCCAGUCCAGUCACGUCGAUCUCAUUCGUGAACUUGAAAAUGGUGGCCAUCAAAGCUGGUGUCCCUUUGACCAUCCAGAAUGGCUAUUAUUGGAAUGCGAAAGUGAGAUCAUGAUCCGCGAUGUACAGCAGCAGAUCGCUGAGCAGAUGAUCAUGCCUCCUGAUAACAAGAACUCAGUGAUGCAGCUCAACAUGGGCGAAGGAAAGUCAACAGUCAUCGUGCCAAUUGUCGCCACAGCUCUUGGAGAUGGGACAAAGCUUGUUCGAGUCAUUGUCGCAAAGCCACAGGCUAAGCAGAUGCAUCAGAUGUUGAUCUCCAAGUUAUCAGGACUCCUUGAUCGGCCGGUGUAUAUGCUUCCGUUCUCCCGAGACACCAAGAUGGAUCUACAAACUGCAGAUGCCAUCCAGUGUCUCAUGAAACGAUGCACCCAGGAGGGUGGUGUAUUGAUGGUUCAGCCAGAGCAUUUGCUUUCGUUCCAAUUGAUGGAGGUGGAAUCUCGAAUCCGCGGAGACUUGGAAGUGGCCGAAGCAAUGUCGCAGACAAGAAAUCUCUUUGACCGUUCCUCUCGAGAUAUAGUUGACGAGAGUGAUGAGAAUUUCAGUGUCAAGUUCGAACUCAUCUACACUCUUGGAAAGCAACGGCCAAUUGAAAAUAGCCCCGACAGAUGGGUUGUCAUCCAGGAAGUCAUGGGCCUCAUUGCCAAGUUCGGCCCCGAGAUAAAGUCCAAGUACCCGCAUUCCAUCGAAUUUGACGCCCGGCAUAUCGGGAGAUAUCCUAGCCUACGAAUUCUACGACCCGAUGCCGAAGCUGAAAUCUUCAAACGUGUCACCGAGUCAGUAUGCGAUACUGGUAUAUCCGGUUUCCCCAUCGCACGCCAACCCAGACGGAUCCGAGAUGCAGUAAAACGAUACAUCUCUCAGCCUGAGCCAACAGCUUCCGACAUCGAGGCUGUGGAGAAAAGUUCCCUCUGGAGCGAAACAGUGAGUAGAAAUAUACUCCUUCUCCGGGGACUCUUCGCCGGGGGAAUUCUUUCCUUCGCACUAGGAAGUAAACGGUGGAGAGUUAACUACGGUUUGGACCACAACAGGGAGAAGAUGACCAAACUGGCAGUUCCUUUCCGGGCAAAGGAUAACCCAUCACCUCGAUCGGAGUUUAGUCAUCCUGACGUGGUGAUCACGCUCACCUGUCUGAGUUAUUACUACAGUGGUCUCGACGACGACGCUUUAUUCGCGGCAUUUGAGCUACUUAGUCGAUCGGACAAUGCUGCGCAGGAGUAUCAGGGCUGGGUCAAGACUGCACCACCGCUACCACAAGCCUUCAGGAGCUUGGAAGGAGUCAACUUGAGGGACCGGGUGCAGUGCACUACUGAAAUCUUUCCCCAUAUACGAUUCUCUAAAGCGGCGGUUGAUUACUACUUGUGUCAUCUAGUAUUCGCAAAAGAGUCCAAGGAAUUCCCUCACAAGCUGUCGGCUUCAGGUUGGGACCUAGGUAAGAAGAAGUAUAACCCUACUACAGGAUUCAGCGGAACCAACGACUCGCGAUAUGUUCUACCACUCGAUAUGAAGCAGCUCGACCUCCCUGAGCAGAAGCAUACAAACGCUCUUGUUCUAGAAUAUCUACUCCAGCCACAGAAUGGAAUCUCAUUGAUGCCCCAAGAGGCAAAGGGUACAACUUUCGAUAGCAGUCUUCUUUUGCAGAUGGUAUCCAACAUGAGCCCUAAUACCCGAGUCAUUCUCGACGUUGGCGCCCAAGUCGUUGAUCUUACCAACCAGGAGUUUGCUAAGCAAUGGUUAGCCUGCUAUCAGGAUCAGGAUUCCACUCAAUCUGUGGUAUUCUUCAAUGAUAGCGACGAAAUUGUCGUUAUCGACCGUUCAGGCAAGAUCGAAGACUUCCAGACCUCCCCGUUCUCCCAGCAGCUGGAUCUAUGUCUCGUCUUUCUGGAUGAGGCACAUACCCGCGGAACGGAUCUGAAGCUUCCCGCCAACUAUCGUGCUGUAGUCACUCUGGGUGCUGGUCUGACAAAAGAUAGGUUGGUUCAAGCUUGUAUGCGGAUGCGCAAGCUGGGUAAGGGACAGACAGUGGAGUUCUGCAUUCCGUGGGAGAUUGAGCACAAGAUUGUUCAACUCAAGGGUGAAGAUGCCCCUGGCAGGGAAGGUAUCUCUGUUUCUGAUGUCCUCUGCUGGGCUAUCACUGAGACAUGUCUUGACCUGAAGAGGGCUAUGCCGCUGUGGCUUACGCAGGGUGUUAGGUUCUCCAAACAAGAAGCCCUCUGGUCCCGCCUUUCUGAUGAUAACACCAAGCCAGAUGAGUUUCUCGAAGAGGAGGGACAGAGCUUGAGGGAAAGAUAUCUUCCCCAGAAAGGUCUGGCCGACCUUUCUUCACUCACAGAAGGGCUGAAUGACUCCUCCGCAAAGGUCUUCAAGUCCCGAUGCGAAGAAUUUGGUCUGGAAAGACUACGUAUUUUCUCUCUGCAGGAGGAACAAGAACGAGAGCUGGCGCCAGAAACACAGCACGAGCGUCAGGUCGAAAAGGUUCCUGCCCUGAAGCCCGACACCCAUAGUGUCAACAGGCUUCUACAGAAGUGGAUAGUAGACGGCUCAUUCCCAGAGUCCUCCACCGCCUUUCGAGCUGUGAUGAAACCCGCGUUCCAAAGUCUGAACAAAACUUCGGCAGCUGUCCACUUCGAUAUCAAGGAGUUCCCUGAGACGGUAUGGGUGAGUAUGGACUUUGCGCAUACUGUCAAAGGUUCGUUUGGUGGGAAGAGCUACUCGGACUCUUAUCAACGUCCUGUACAGUGGGUGUUGGUUGGUAAGAACGAAGAGGGUGCUUCUCGAAUGGUGGUUAUAAGCCCAUUUGAGGCACAGCACUUUCUUCCGCUUAUCGAAGAGUCAGAACAUGUUGCUCUCCACCUUUACGCGCCAAGGGUCAAUCUUGCCUUUCGACCGGUGGAUGACCUUCAGCUGUAUUCCGUGGGGAAGAAGGUCGUGGAGGAGAUACCGAGAGACAUCAUUACGUUUCUCAAUCUCUUUUCUGGGCAGCUCUAUCUGUCGUCUUAUGACGACUACAAGCUUGUCUGUGACUUGCUUUGUUUAGCAUGGGACAGGCUGGAUGACGAUGCUGUUGGUGGUAGUGGGAGUCAAUGUGGUUUUACCAAGAGCCCUGCGAUGUUUCUGAAGGAGCUUUUGGAAAAGGUCAGGCAGGACUGUGGGACUAUUGACAAGACGGAUAUGGGAAGGGUUAUUGAAGGAGUGCGUUUGGUUGAGGAUGACUUCGAUAACAGGCAUGCUAUUUAA